CCAGCCAUGAAGCUACACACCAUUCAGAGCUCCAUAUGUUUGAUCCUCUGGAUGGUGACCAUCCACUGCUCUACUGAAGAGACAUGCCCAGAUGUCAAGCUUGUUGGGGUGGGAGGAUCAGAGAAGCUGGCCAUUUUACGGGGAUGUCCUGGGGCCCCUGGAGCACCAGGACAGCCAGGCCCUGCCGGUUCCACUGGACCUAAAGGUGAUCAGGGAUCACCAGGAAGUCCUGGGAAGAUGGGACCAACAGGGCCAAAAGGUGAAAAGGGGGACCCAGGAGUUGUGCUCCAAGGAACUGGCCAAAACUGCAAGCAGUUGCUGGAUCAGGGUCAGUCACUCAGCGGAUGGUACACAGUUCACCCGCUAGAUGGGAUCCCUCUUAUGGUAUUUUGCGAUAUGGAAAGUGAUGGAGGAGGAUGGACGGUGUUCCAGAGGAGGAUGGAUGGGUCAGUAGAUUUCUUCAGAGACUGGAAUGACUACAAAAAAGGAUUUGGGAAUCAGAACAGUGAAUUCUGGUUGGGGAACGAUAACAUUCAGCGCCUCACAUCCACAGGACAUUUUCAGUUACGAAUCGACCUUGUUGAUUUCGAAAACAGAAAAUUUGAUGCUGUGUAUAACAAUUUCCGCAUUGAUGGGGAGAACACCAAUUACACUCUAAGCGAUAUCAGUUACAGUGGAGGAACUCUGAGUGAUUCAUUUUCCCAGCACAAACAACAUGCAUUCUCAACCAAAGAUCGCGAUAAUGAUGAAGCAGGCCACAAUUGUGCCAAUUCUUACCGAGGAGGAUGGUGGUACACGAGUUGUCAUAAUUCUAACCUAAACGGACUUUAUUUAAGCGGCAACCACACCAGCUAUGCCAAUGGCAUAAAUUGGUAUUCUGGACAUGGGUUUCACUAUUCCUACAAAGUCGCUGAAAUGAAGAUUCGUCCGCUGGCUUAAGGA